CUGUUGGGAACCGAAUCCUAGAUAGUAAACAGGACAGGUGGGAGGGACAAAGGGUCGCUUUCUGCACACGCUAGCUGUUCAGGAGUGUCCCAGGGCCGCUACCCUCACGGCUUUGGUUCCGGGUAUUACGUUCGGUUGCGGUAGGGAGUUGUGGAGACGGUAAGAGCGAUACGCUACCUGCCGGGGCCUCUGUUGCGCAGAAGGGAGUGGCAGCAUUCAGUCUUUAGGCCUCGGUGCCCUUGAGGUCACGGGCGUUAUUCCGCGAGGGCCUCGACCUGCGAUCUCCACUGCUUCCAGCCCACCCCGUUUGCAGACGCAGGUCAGCCUUGCUAAAGCGCAGCGGUGAUUCUGUGAAGCCUUGACUCCAGGCAACGACAUGCCAACUGUCAAGCAGCUAGCCGACAUUGGCUAUAAGACCUUCUCUACCUCCAUGAUACUACUCACUGUGUACGGAGGCUACCUCUGCAGUGUCCGAGCCUACCACUAUUUUCAAUGGCGCAGCUCUCUGCGCCAGGCUGCAGAAGAACAGAAGACCUCAGGAGCCCUAUAGAAAUGGGGGAUCUUUUACCUGAGCAGAGAAGCCUGAGGCAUGCCCUGGAAAGACCUUGCCUGCAUCCAUUUCCAAAUGAAGAAGACUAGGGCCUUGAUGGUUUUCAAACCCUACCAGAAGAAAGUGUCCACGUUUUCUCUGGCACUGCCAGUUUGGGGAGGCUGUCAAAUCAUAGCAGGAAUGUGAAAGUGAGGCACACCUACGGAUAUUAAAUAUUUUGCCAUG